UAUCUCAAAACAAUAUUAUCCCACCGUGGUGCUCGUCAGGUCAGAAAGAUUUUUGUCAAUAUAAAUUUAAAAUAUAUAAUUUACAUAAAAUAUGUAGGAUAAAAUUGAUAAGUAAUUUGGUUAAGAAUCAAAAAUUAGAUUACAAAAAAAAUUAAAGUUAUCUAUCACUCUAAAUAUUUUUAUUGAUAUGAGCUUAAAUUAAGCGACAAAAUGGAUUGAUUUUAUCGAAAGCUUUCAAUACUCAUUGAACAUUUUGAAUUGAUAAUUACAAGGGCCAAAUUGCAAGACAGAUUAAAUAUUUAGAUGGACAAUUUAUAUUCUGAGUUAAUAUGGCUUAAAGCAAUCCAAAGAAAAUUAAAAAAAAAAUCAGAGAAAAGUACAGUUGACAAAUGGCAAUAUAUACUUCAAAAUGCAUAUGAUGACAGCUUCCUUACCAAAUGUAAAAAAAAAAAAAUUUCUUAUUUAUUCUCUAUUCCCGCCACUUCAGCUUUAAUUGAGAGAGUUUUUUCAUUAAUUAAUCAGAAGUGGCGAGAAGAGAGAAAUAGAGCAACGAUAAAAUUGAUUAAAAAUGAAUUGUUUAUUUAUUUAAACAUAAAUGUUGAUACGUUAGUUUUGACAAAAAAAGUUGGCAGCCCUACGCAUGACGUCACUUCUUCGAACAUUUUUCGUUUUUCUGACUGACGGAUUAAAUAUAUUUUUUUUUAGCCUGGCAUAAUCUCUAGUUAAAUUAUUUCGUUAUUUGAAUUUCAUUUUAUGAAGAGAUAAUAAUUAUUCAAUUACAAUAUCACAUGACUAAGUAACUGAAUGGCUCGCAUGCCGGAUUCAGUGUUGCCAUUUUUAUUGGCUGAUUUACACGGAUUAAGUAGAUAAGUAGUUAACUAAAUUGUUAAAUCAAUUUUAAGUGUUUAAUUUGUGUUU